UCGACUCGCAUUCAUAAACAUGGCUGAUAGCACGAACAAGUCGUUUUUAUAAAUGACGUUUUCGAGUGCUGUAUUGAGACACAGUGCUGUACACAAUGCUCUCUCGACACGGCGUCUUUACAGCCGCUCGGACGCUGACCAAAAUCAAAUUAAGCACAACUCAGUUCGGUGUUCUAAGUAGCGCGCCGUACCGAGUGAUUCACGACAGGAAACAGUGUAGGUUUACCGUCAGACUGGACCACGGAGGUAAAGAGCAAAACGCGGUGCUUAAGUACGCGCACGUAAGUGACGGGCGCGUGCAUUUGCUGUCCACGGAAGUUCCAGAAAGUUCCAGAGGUAAAGGAGUAGCUGCCAGUCUCGCCAAGGCUGCACUCGACUUUGUGGUUGAAGAAAGACUAAAAGCAAGCAUCUUUUGUUGGUAUAUUAAAAAAUAUGUUGAUGAAAAUCCACAUCAUGGAUACCACUUGCACAUUGAAAACUAAUAUUUUAGAGCACCAAAUGAGCACCAAAUGAGCACCAGCUCUAUAGCAAGGACUUCCAUUUCAUUACAGCUGCAGUCACAGAAUCCAGUCUGAGCUGCUAAUUUAACAGUGUUCAUUAAAGCAGUCAGUUUUGGGGUGACCAUUGGUUUUAAAACUAUACAGAUGCUUAAAUUACUGAUGUACAUACUGUAUAAAUGCUAUACUCUGUUAGAAUCUUGUUGUUUUAAAACUGACCAGAUGGACGGAAUGGAUGAAGCCUGAUGAACACUUUAUUGCCUUUAUUUAAUCAACAGUUUGCAUACAGGUUUCAUUGUACGCCCAACUAGAACAGACUGCCUACUGCAGAAUUUACACAUACUGUAGAAAAUCUGAAUUAAUUUAACAAAGUCAUUAAAACAUUAAAACAUUUGUCAGGAACGUGACAAGAAGAAGAGUUGAAAGGACUUAUUAACUCAUCCAUUGUCUUUUGUUUAUAAAGAUAAAAAUCUGGAAUAGUCCUGGAUGAUUAUAAAGUUGUGUAUAAACUUAGGCUGUUCCAUUAUUUUCUUGCAGCUGCAUUGAAAGAAAUAAACAGCA